AUGUACACCUGCAGAAAAUAUUGCGGUGGCGGUGAACGUGGACAACUCCGACAAGCCGGUCGUAAGAAAGUGCCAGCAGCCAUAUCAGUUCCACACGGGGAACCUGGUCCUCUGAUGCUCAGUGCAUCUGCAAUUUCAGCGUUUUCAGUGACAGGGGAUUCAACUAUUCUGGAGAGCAAGUUGAAGAGGAGAUACGCCCUGGAAUGGGAAUACCUGGCCUCGGUGCUGGACCGUGUCCUUCUAAUCGUCUUUUCAUUGGUCGUAUUCACUGUGACAUCAAUCAUGAUCCUGGUAGGAGAAGCUAUGCAUUUGUCAUACGAGCUUGCCGCUAAGGAGUUCUAA